CUCCUCAUCAUGAAUACGUACAUGACGUCUGACUCUGCACAGGAGACCUAACAGAACCAUCCAAUGUUGCAUUGCGAACGUGUACCCCUUCAGCGGCCCGCAGACUUUCCCGGAGACCGUUAACAGAAAUACGGGCUAUGUUCGACAAUGACAAUUAUGUGAAGAAGAGUGAUGUCUCCAUUACCGUUGGAGACACAUUUGAUGAUCUUCAUGGGCAAAUAACAACCUAUGUGGCUAUGGCAACCUCGCGAGAGUUGAUCUGGCACCUUAUUAACGAUGUCAAUGCGUAUGUUGUCCACCACGCCAAUAAUUACAUUGCUAAGAUCAGCCAGAACCUCGAUACCUGCUUUCGUGGAGAGACCUUGAAAUGGUGGAACUCUGAACUAGACAGUAUUACCAGACGUGGGCUCAUCCACUCUACUGACGUUGAAGAUUGGUGUACAGCCCUUGAAAAGCGAUUCAAACUCCCACCAAGCCAGGCAAGGCAGAGACUGGACAAUACCUGCUAUACAGUUGCGGAUGUCAUUGCUAAGAGACCUCCCUCGUCAUACGUGGCUUCAAUUGUGUCCCUUGCUAAACAAUGUGGGGAGGGAGAAACUGAGUUCCCUCUGGUAUUACGAGCAUGGCGUAACCUGGACAUGACCCUGCGCGAAUCAAUUGAUGAACCAGACGAAGGGACAACCGUCGCACAGUUCAUUCAAACUCUUAACAAAAAAUCUACGAACUGGUUUGAUAAGUUCGCUUCCAGCAGCAUGGAAUGCCCCGCGUGGAACUUUCCGUGGCCGGUACUCUCAGGCCGCGUGGUCUCGGACGAGAUUUUAUGGCGGCCAGAAUUAAAGAGAGCCGUCCGCAACAACGUCAUGGAGUGGUCGCAGGUCCCGAAUGUCAUCCCUCCUCUUCUCACCCUUGCCGCUCCAAGGUUGGCGUUCUUGGAGUCAAAGCGAACCAGGUACCGGAGCUCACUCUACUCCCGGGCCGAAGUUGAUGGGCUGGAGAAAGACCGCUCUGACGGAAAGGGCUGCUCAUCGGGACGAGAUCCCCCCUUGUGCAUCAUGUCUAUUGACCUAGGCAUCUACCAAGAGUGCAUCACCGCAUAA